GGGCCCAAAGGCCCCAAAUUGAGGGUCCCCGGUAAAGCCCAACCCACCUAUCAAAACCAUUGCCCUGAAGGGUGCACGUUCGCGGGAAUCAAAAGCUGCCACUGCCCUCGCAAUGGUCUUCUCCUUCCUCACUCCUGUAACCACCACCGUCGGCGCCGCCACAGCCAUCAUUCAAAGGAAAGCAAUAAUCUUAUCUUCUACUUCCAAGUCAUUUCCGUUAAAACCCAGAAAGAGAAAGAACUAUUUACGCCCUAAAUUGUUAGAAACCCUAACAAUACCCUACCCCAACACGACUCUUCUCCCCCAAGAAUCUCCACUUCCCAUUGAAUCCCAUGAAAUCCUUCAGGAGAUUUCCUUCGAUCAAACUUCCGGAGAAUCUUUCACUAUCGUCGUCGGAGACGACGAUAAAACUGCGCAUCAGAAUGAGGCUGAAUCGCGUCAAUUUCUUCUCUCCCCGACCUCCGGCCCUGCCAAGGUCGAGAAUGGAGAAGUUGGCAAAUUUUCUACAGGUUCACUCCUAAAAUUAGGCUUGUGCUUGGUUGGGAUUUUCGUGUUUCAGACAAUUUGUGCUGUUUGGGUGUUAGGAUCUGCGGAUUCUGAUCAGGAACAUGAAAUUUCGGAUAGUGAAGCUAAGGGUUCGCAAUUGGGUGCCAAUGAAAGAAAUAAAGGAAAAUUUUUGUUGAAUUUCGGUGGCAAAUUUUUUGGUGAAAAGAUUGGUAAUAAAUCGAGCCAUGCUGUUUAUCUGAAUGAGUCUGAAUUGGAAGAGAAAAUAGUGGAAAUUAGGGCAAUGGCAAAGGAAGCCCGUGAGAGUGAGGGAAAGAAGCUGAAAAACAAUGGCAUGAAUUCAUAUUUGGAAGAAGCUGGGGGAGGUGAUGCUGAUGAAGAUGUCAUUUCUAGUAUAAGAAGUGGAAUCCAAGAAGAGGUUGAUACACGGUUGCUUAAGUUGCAGAAGAGGUUGAAUGCUACACGGGAGAAGUCGCCAUUACCGUUAGUUAGUCAUUUGAACAAGUUUGGCAAGGUUGAAAACAGGGUGAAUGGGGAUCAUUCGGAUGUAGCUGAGUUAAAUAGAACAUUGAUGUUUAAGAAAAAGAUGAAAUUUCGAAAUGCUUCCUCUAUGCCAAGAAAUGAUCCAAAGGGGUUUCAGCCUUUGGAAAAUAGUGAUAUAUCCAAGAAGAAAAAAAGUAGUUCAUCCACUGUAGAUACGAUAGUGGACCUGCCUGCUGGCAAUUCACAACAAAAUGAUUCCUCGUCUUUGGAGGAAGAUUGUGGAAGAAAUGCACUUAGUAAAGAAUCAAGCUCAUUGCAAAAUCAUGGGAAGAAGUUGGAGAAAGGAAGAGAGGGAAAGAAAAUGGGAGGCAUUGUGAAUCCUGAGUUUGGGAAUGUUGUUGUCCAGGAGCCCACUCAUGAAAAGCCUUUGGUUGAAGCAGUGAAAAGGCGAUCAAGUGAAAGGGAAACAAAAAAUUCUCAAAGCUUGACAAAAGAAAACCAGAACACUGUCACAAAACCCAAUGCCGACUUGAGUAGAAAUGGCAGUUCAAAUUGCAGAAAAGUUGGAAGCAAACAAGUGGCUAAAGGAUCCAGGGAUAAGUCAUCAGACAUUAAGGCGGAUUUGUGGUGGCUGCAUCUUCCUUGUGUAAUAGCUGUUCUUAUGCAGAGAGGUUCUAACCAUGAAGAACAAGGCGGACUAUACACCUUAAAGACCACUUCUCAUGAAUCAGACCCAAUUGAUUCAUCCUACACUGUUGCUUUUGAGGACCGUGGUGAUGCCACUAAUUUCUGUUAUCUACUGGAAUCUUUUUUUGAAGAACUAGGCGAUUUCAGUGCUGACAUUGUUCCUUUGUCAAUAAAAGAACUUCAUGAGGCAGUGAAAUCAGAUGGCAUGAAAGUAAUUGUUGUGAAGAAGGGGCAGCUUCAGCUUUAUGCUGGGCAACCACUCGCUGAUGUUGAGAUGGCUAUGCGCUCUUUGGUUGAAUAAAAUCCAAAUGCAUUAUCCACCAAAAUUCACAAAAACGAAGUGGAGGAAACAGAAAUGAAGAUCGGUGUUUCCAAAGAGCCUGUGUACCAAAAUUGAAAAUAUGUUGUACAGGAAACACAGAAAGGAGUUUGGGGCUCUAGGAAUUUUUCUAUAAUGUCUGGGGCCUUUAUCAAUCUGUGAACAAAUUUUGUUACAAGAGGGGCUCGUCAAAGUAAACCAACUUUUUCCGCAGGAGAUGAUUUUGUUUCUAAAAUUGCAAGCAUUGUUGCUGAAGUUUUGAGAGGCAAAUUAUGUAAACACAUGUAAACACAAAUAGAGCAAAAAAUGGCCUGAAGUUUUGUUUCAAAUUGUUUAUUUGUAGCUGAAGUUUUGAUUCUAUACUUUGCUUGUUCAUCUGUAGCUGAUCAGCACUCUGUAGUGACUCAAAAAGAGGGGAAAGCACUGUGUUUUCAC